UUAUUACAUCCCCUUUUUCCCUUUUUCCCACCCCCUUUUUCCCAUCUGAAAAUUGACGAUCCUGAUAUAAACAUCAAUUGGAAGGGGGUGGCUAAGCAUACUAAAGGCAAUAUUCCCACGGGAGAAAUUAAAGUGAGACUUCUUCUAAGCAACGACAGCAAGGAAUACUUGGAAAGUAUUUCUCAAUUGUUUAACACCAAGAAAAUGACCCUGGAUGCCAUUGUCAAGUUGCAUCCGGAAAAUGAUUACCAGAGAAGAUCAACAAAUAAAAAGGAAGAAAGUUUUCACGCAGCCAAUGCAAACCCUGACAUUGCUGAAAAUCCUGAAGAAAGAAACUACGACAAAGAUGUCAAAGAUGACGAUGACGAAGCCGAAGACAACAAGAAAGUUGCAAGUAAACCGGUUACGGAAGACCAAAACCAAAAGCUACUCCCAAUCAACCAACGCAGCACUGUGCGAAAGCGACAGGCACCAUGUAGACUUAGCCUUGAAGUAUCUCAAACAAAUGAUUAUGAGGAUUUGAUAACGAGCGAAAAGGCCAAGACAACUAGUAAAGAAAAGAAAGAAAAUAUGAGUGUAGCCCACAAGACAGCUUUUGAUCGUAUACUGUCACAGGACAAAUUAGAUGAUUCUUUUGAUGAUGCAACGUGUGAAAAUGACCUUACAUCAUCUGAGCAUACUUCACUACAAGCGAAAGACAUACUGGCUGACAACUGUAACUCAACCAUGGUUGAAUGCACCAAAAAUCCUUUAGGCAGACAAAGCUGUGUUACAGUGGGGCACACAGGCAACAAUUCAAAAAGAGCUGGUUAUGAAAGCAAUUGCUGUCAAGAAAAAGAUGAAAUUAUCGAAGAACUGAAAAUGGAAAUAAAAUUUCAAAAAGAUAUCAACAAAUCCUUGUCAAUGCAGACAACUGUUUUAACUGACGUGAGGAAGUUGUUGUUAAACUUCAAUAGCCAACAACUAGCUCCACCUAGUACGUCGAACGACGAUAAUUUUUCAAAAUCAUUAAACAAGCCAAGCAUGACGGCCUACCCGACAUUUGGUUUGGAAAACUGUGGUAAAAGGCUAGAAAUGUCCCUUGCAAAUUACACUGACAGUGCUCCAUUGACGUCAACCGUGAUCGAAGAUGAAGAUGAUGGUCCUACAUACGAUCACAAAACUUUUCCGAUACCUGACAUUGUACUGCGUAGGAUAGUGAAAGGCCCAGUCACUCAAUUUGUAUCACAUUUAAUGGACAAAUUAUAUUCUGACCAAUACCUAGCGACGCACAAAAUGAGUGAUCUGAGAGGGGGCUCUGUAGAAAGCAAAAGGAUUGCCAUGAACAAAUGUGAGCUUCAACAUAUCAUUGAUAGAGUUCUCGAUUGUGAAUUGGUGAACGCUGGUGGAUCCUUGGUGCAUGAAAAAAUGAUAAAAAAUGCUAUCUCUCGGAAAUUUAAUAAUUCCCGUGCUAAGUAGCCGAUACAUUUUGUGUUUUAAUUGUUUCAUGAUGACUUGUUGGUUGUUUGUCAUGAUAUAAAAAUACAAUGACUGUCGCAUA